CGGCCGUUCGGCAAUACGGCGGAAUUAAGCGUCUGGUUUCCUUGAUUGAAAUGGCCAGAGACAAAAAAUUAAAUCAACACGUUACAGAAGAAACGAAAAAACACAAUAUUGAAAUUACAAGAUGCGCGACCAAAGCUUUGUCGACGUGUGCUAAAAGCAACAAAAUUAAAAAAGCGAUGCGAAAAGUAGGCGCGAUUCCGGUUCUUGCGGAACUCCUGACUAAUGUUAAUGACAUCACAAUUUUAAUACCUGUAGUCAAUACUCUUCAAGAAUGCUCCUCAGAUAUUAACUACCGAAUUGCGAUUCGAAAUAUGGGUUUGGUUGAGCAUAUUGUUCGGCACCUUAAAAGCGAUAAUAUUGAGCUGAAAAUGCACUGUGCUUCAGCAUUCCGCAAACUCUGCGAAGAUAAAGAAUCCUCAGACAUUGUACGUAAUCAGAAAGGACUGAUGCCAUUGGUAGACCUGCUUGAAUUUUCCGAAAACAAGGAGCUCCUAAUUGCAGCUACGGGUGCUAUUUGGCGAUGUUCCGCAACUCCGAAAAACGCCGAAGUGUUCGAGAAAGCAAACAUAAUUGAAACGAUGAUUGGGUUUAUAAAUCACGAACAGCCCGAGGAAGUUCGGAUCAAUUGUAGCGGUGCAAUUGCUACGCUUGCGAAACGAGAACAUAACCGGCAAGAAAUAAGAGACAAAGGCGGGAUCCGAAACCUGAUGAGUCAGCUGGGCACGACCACGAUUGGGCUGCUCGUGAAUGCGACUGACGCUGUUGGUGUGAUGGCCGAAGACAAAGAGAGCAUUAAAACUAUUAUCGACUUAGACGGAAUUCGGCUUCUUUGGUCUCUUCUCAAGAACCCAUCUUGGGAGGUUCAAGCAAGUGCAGCCAAUGCGAUGUGUCCAUGUCUUAAAAACAUGGAAGACGCGGGCGAGGAAGUGAGAGCAUAUGUAGGCGGGUUAGAAAUCAUGAUGAACCUUCUCAAAUCAAAUCACGAUGAAGUUUUAGCAGCCAUGUGUAAAACAAUCGCUCAAAUAGCCCAAGACAGUGAAAACUUGGGAAUUAUGACCGAUCUUAAAGUUGUUCAGCUGCUGUCGAGUUUGACAGCAACUAAAAAUGACCUCCUAAAAGUUCCCUUAUGCGAUGCUAUUGGUCAUUGCAGCGCCAAGAAGUCAAAUUGUCGAGAGUUCGGCAAUGAAGGGGCGGUUAUCCCGAUACUGAAUUUCAUGAAAACAACCAAAAAUGAAAUGAUUCGAACUUCAGCGGCAUUCGCGUUGAACCAACUUUCAGAAGAUCCUCAGAAUUGCAUAACUAUGCAUAAGAAUGGUGUGUUUGAUAUCAUGAUGGAAACAAUUUCUUCUCAGAAUAAAGAACUGCAGCAACACUCUGCGAGUUGUUUGGCUAACAUCAGAAGACUUGCAAUGUGCAAUGAACAAGCGAGAUAUGGAAAAUAAAUGCAAUUACAUCGUUAAAUUUUC